AUGGAGCGGCUCCCGGGCGGCCGGCGGCUCCGGCUCGCGUCCUCGCUGGGGCUGGGGCAGCGCUGCUGGGAGGUGACCUUAGACGAGGAGCGGGGGCUGCUGGCCUGGCGCGACCCGCGUCCGCCGCGCCGCGGCGCCGAUAACUGUUUUGUACCAACCUCUGAGAUCAUUGCUGUAGAAGAAACUGAACUGAACAAGAAACAGCAUAGUACUGGCAAAUGGCAAAAAAUGGCAAAGCCCCAUGCUUUCACAGUUUAUUACGUGAAAAAAGCCCGAAAUCACCGCUGGCGGUGCAGAGAUGUGACGUUUUGGUGUGCUGAUGAGUACUUGUGUAACCAGUGGAUACAGGCACUGAAAGAAUUACUUGAAAUGCAGAAGUGCAGACCAAAGCAGUUGCUUGUGUAUAUUAAUCCAUAUGGAGGAAAGCGACAAGGGAAGAGGAUUUAUGAACAGAAAGUUGCUCCACUUUUCAGUUUGGCUUCUAUUUCUACUGAUGUUGUCGUAACUGAACAUGCUAACCAUGCUAAGGAGAACUUAUUUGAAGUUAAUAUUAAUAAAUAUGAUGGUGUUGUUUGUGUUGGUGGGGACGGCAUGUUCAGUGAAGUGAUGCAUGGUCUCAUUGGAAGAAUGCAGAAGGACUCUGGCAUAGACCAAAAUAAUCCCAAAGCACCGUUAGUCCAGUGCAAUAUAAGGAUUGGCAUAAUUCCUGCUGGCUCAACAGAUUGCGUAUGCUAUUCAACUGUUGGUAUUUCUGAUCCAGUAACAUCAGCUCUUCAUAUUAUUAUAGGUGACUGUCAGCCUUUAGAUGUCUCAUCUGUGCAUCAUAACAACACGUUUUUGAAGUAUGCUGUGUCAUUGUUGGGUUAUGGUUUUUAUGGAGACGUUUUGAAAGACAGUGAAAAGAAGCGGUGGAUGGGUCCGAUGAGAUAUGACUAUUCAGGCUUCAAGACUUUUCUUUCUCAUCAUUACUAUGAAGGAACAAUUUCCUUUCAACCAGCAAAACACACACUGGGAUCUCCACGAGAUAAAGAUAGCUGCAGAACAGGAUGUUACGUUUGCAAGGAAAGUGAGCAACAGCUGGCAGAACAACGCAAGAAGUGUGGAUUCAAACAUGAAGAAGAUGAAGAAGAAUGGAAGGUUAUUAAAGGAAAAUUUCUAGCCAUCAAUGUAGUAAACAUGAGCUGUGCCUGUCCACGAAGUCCAAAAGGUCUUUCACCUGCAGCUCAUUUAGCAGAUGGUUCAGCUGACCUCAUUCUAGUUCGUAAAUGCUCCAGAUUUGAUUUUCUGCGUUAUCUUGUCAGACAUACAAACCAACAUGACCAGUUUGACUUCUCAUUUGUAGAUGUUUAUCGGGUGAAGAGUUUUCAAUUUACAUCAAAGCUUUCAGAAGACAAUGAAAGCAGUGUCACAGACAUAGGAAAGAAACGUUUUGGCCAAUUUUGCAGAGAUCAUCCAGCCUGCUGCUGCAAUAUUGCUAAUAGCACUUGGAACUGUGAUGGAGAAACUCUGGAUAGUUCAGCAAUUGAAGUGAGGGUUCACUGCCAGUUAAUGAAACUGUUUGCAAGGGGAAUUGAGGAAAACAGUAAAGAUGAAGCUGCCUACAGCCACAGUAGCAUUGAACAAUUACUAUAAGUACUGUUCCUCCGAUGAGGAGAAGAAAAAAAUAAAUGCUCAAGGAAAUUGAGUAUAUGUGCAUUUUAGUCAAAUUGACAAGUAUUUUAAAGUCUUAGAAUUUUUUUUGUGAUAGUUUCAGUAUAAUUUUAGAUUUUUAUUUCACUAUUUUUUUUUACAUUGUAGUCAUUAAAAUAUGUCUUGGAGUAAUGUCAUCUAAGUUAUGUUAGAGAAGAGAGAAUUGGCGUAUGUGUAUGUAUUCACAACAACUGAAAAAUACUGUGCUUUUCUAGAGAGCUGAUUUAGCAGUUGUGUUGCAAUAAUAUGUAAUUGUUAUAAAACAUUGAACUUUAUAUUGCCAUCAAACCAAGAUACAAAGACAAGAUAUUUUCAGUAUCUGAGAGAAUGUGUUCUGCUGGGAGUGUGAAGUAUUGCGUGUGGCUUAAGUGCUGGACAACAGUGUUGUCCUUGGCAUAUUUUUUUUUAAUCUUUCCUUUGUAGUUCUGACAAUACCUUGCAACUUAUCAAUGCAAUUCAGAUACACAUUCCUGGCUUUAAGUAAUAACAAUAACAGUCUAGAAAUAUUUUUAAAAACAAAAGCACAUCUGUAGACAGAUCAUAACUUCUAUAUAUUCUAUUUAUAAGUGCUUCCUUGCAUGCUGCUGUUUGGGAUUAUAAAGCAUCUAACGACUGUUUGGAUUAUACCAAAUACUGUGUACUGCAUUGAAAUGUCUUGCAAGCAACUCACAGGGAUGUGUGAUACCAGGAAAGCAUAGGCAGGGGAAAAUAAAAAUACCUUAUAAAACACCAGCAAAUUUUACAUUUCUAAAAAUGGUUAAAAUUAACAUAUGAAAAGCUUUCCUCUUCAGUACAGGAUUCUUUGCAGAUUCUAUGAGAUAUGUUAAAAUGUCUUUGCAAAGUAAGAUGUUGGAAUAUUAAGUUUGAAAAUAUUAUUUGAUGAUUGAAUGUCUUUUAAACAAUGUUUUAUUUAACUAAAUAGGAAGCAGAGUAAUGUGUGAUGUGAAGUCAAAGGAAGAAACUGGCAUCUGAUAAAUCACAAAUCACUGUGCUUAUUUUUACAGCAAGUACCUUAGACUAUCAAGUACGAUUAUGGAGCGAUUAUUUAAGUUAUACUUGAAUUUAUGUAUUGUGGCUCACACACAUCCAGUGUGUAGUCUUGGGGCAAAAUUUUCCUCUUGUCAAGCAGGUUACUUCCUGUUUGGUAAGGAUCAGAACUUAACCUCCAUUUGUUAAUGCUUACUGCAUCUCAGAUUUUUUGUGUGUGUGUUUGAACAGCUAAUUAUUCUCUAUUCAUGUAUAUUUAUUGGUAUUUCUGUCAUUCAGCUUCUACUGGUUUCGUGUAUAUUUGCUCUGUGUAAGCCAUGGUGAUCGGUCAGUUUAUUUCUGAAGCACUUGAAGUUUCUUUUA